AUGUAGGCACUGAUUUCAAACUUGAUCGUAUAAGGUAAAGUAAUAAAGAUAGUUAAAACAGAUGAUAAGCAUGAAAGAAUAGCUGAAAUUCAAUGCUAAUUUUUAAGACCAUUAACCUUAUGUCAUUCUUCAUCAAAAUUGUACUAAGAUUAUCACCCAAUAUACUAUAAAAAGGACCCUUCUUAUCCUCUUGAAGAAAAGAACCUUAAUGAAUAUAUUGAAAAUUUAAAGGAAUUAAGCUGUUAUAAUCCAGAAAUUUUGAUAAUAAUUAACAAGGAUAGGUCAAAUUAAUCUGAACUUUACGUAGUCGAUCAAUUGAUUAAUUAGAUUGGGUUGAAUCAAUAUGGAACUAUGUUAUAACGAUAAGACAACAUUAUUUACGAUUUUUCAGUAGACAAUUUCAAUCCAAACAAAUUGAGGGAUAUGUAAAAUCUUGAUUGGGCUGAAGAUUCAAUCUAUUAAGGUUUGCAAUGUGAAUAGGUAGAGGAUUUUGAUAAGGCACUUGAGUACUACAAUUAUGCUAUAGAUCUAGAUCCUUUAAGCAAAGAUGGGCAUUAAGCAAAAGGAAUUCUUUUAAAGAAAUUAGAGAGAUUUGAAGAAUCUGAAAAAGCACUCAAAGAAGGGCUAAAAUUAGAUCCAGAGGAUGAAGAUCUUGAAUAAAUCCUUAAGGAAGUAAUGAUUAUUAACAGAACUAAUUAAUAAGAUGAAGAGAAUCAUUCUGAUCGGAGGAAAAAUGGAAUCAAUAAGUACGAGGAGCAAUGGGAGGGUAUGCCUAUUAGUACAGGGCAUUUAAUGACAGACAUCUAAUUGAAACAUAAUGAUCCAAUCAUUAAUAAAAGCCAUGAAAGUAUUGUCAAAUAGGUGAAGAAAGAAGCACCUAAAUAAUACGAACUUGAAUUCUGA